UACUGAUCCAUAGACAAGAUGACAGAUUCAUCAUCAUCUUCCUUCUUUUCUGAUUUUGGAUUGCUAUUGUAUUUGGAGGAACUAAACAAAGAGGAACUAAAUAAGUUCAAGUUACUCCUCAAGGAGACCAUGGAACCUGGGCACUGUCCAAUUCCUUGGACUGAAAUGAAGAAGGCCAAGCGGGAGGAUCUGGCUAACCUGAUUAAAAAAUACUAUCCAGGAGAGCUGGCCUGGAAUGUGACUCUCAAAAUCUUUGGCAAGAUGAACCUGAAGGGUCUCUGUGAGAGAGCAAAAGCAGAGAUAAAUUGGACAGCCCAGACCGUAAAACUAGAAGACACCAACACUGAAGAGGCACAAGCAGAUCAGGAGGCAGUGCUGGGUGAUGGAACACAAUACAGAGUUCGAAUAAAAGAAAAAUUCCGUGCCAUAUGGGAUAAGGAAUUUUUGCUUGGAAGGCCUGAAUAUUUUCAUCAUAGAAUUGCUCAGAAAGAUGAAAAUCUGUUGGAACAUUUGUUUGAUGUGGAUGUCAGAACUGGUGAGCAGCCACAAACGGUGGUGCUGCAGGGGGCUGCUGGAGUAGGGAAAACAACUUUGGUCAGAAAGGCAAUGUUAGAUUGGGCAGAAGGCAAUCUCUAUCAGCACAAAUUUUCCUAUGUUUUUUAUCUCAGUGGAAAAGAAAUCAACCAGCUGAAAGAGAAAAGCUUUUUACAGUUGAUAUCAAAGGAUUGGCCCAGCUCAGAAGGCCCCAUUGAAAGGAUCAUGUCCCAGCCCGAUAGUCUCCUUUUCAUUGUUGAUAGCUUUGAUGAACUGAACUUUGGCUUUGAGGAACCCGAGUUUAUCCUGUGUGAAGACUGGACCCAGGAACACCCAGUGUCCUUCCUCUUGAGUAGUUUGCUGAGGAAAGUGAUGCUCCCUGAGGCGUAUUUAUUAGUGACAACAAGACUCACAGCUUCUAAGAGACUAAAGCCUUUGUUGAAGAGUGAACGUUAUGUAGAGCUACAAGGAAUGUCUGAGGGUGCAAGGGAGAAGUAUAUUUACCAGUUUUUUGAAGACAAGGACUGGGCCACGAAAGCAUUCAGUUUAGUAAGAAACAAUGAGAUGCUUUUUGGCAUGUGCCAACUCCCCCCAGUGUGUUGGAUCGUUUGUACUUGUCUGAAGCAGCAAAUGGAGAAGGGUGGUGAUGUGGCAUCAAUCUGCCAAACUGUUACAACUCUUUUUACCUGCUACCUCUCUGGCUUGUUCACUCUAGCAGGAGGCUCUCCUAGUCUACCCAAUGAAGCCCAGCUGAAGAGCCUAUGCCACUUGGCUGCUGAAGGAAUACAGACAAUGACAUAUGUGUUUUACAGGGAAAAUUUCAGAAAGCAUGGGUUAACAAAAUCUGUUGUCUCUAUUUUUUUGGAUAUGAAUAUUCUUCAAAAGAACACAGAGUAUGAAAACUGCUAUGGGUUCAUCCACCUGUAUAUUCAGGAGUUCUUUGCAGCUAUGUUCUAUAUGUUGAAAGGCAAUUGGGAAGCUAGUGACCAUUCCUUCCAGUCUUUUGAAGAUUUGAAGCUUUUACUUGGAAACAAAAUUAAUGAAGAGCCCCAUUUGAUGCAAGUGAAAUGCUUCUUGUUUGGCCUUUUGAGUGAAGAUCGAAUAAAACAACUGGAGGAGACUUUUAAUUGUAAAAUGUCAUUAGAGAUAAAAUGGGAGUUACUUCAGUGGAUGGAAAUAUUAGGAACCAGUAAAUGUUCUCUGUCACAGCUGGGAUUUCUGGAACUGUUUCACUACCUAUAUGAAACUCAAGAUAAAGCAUUUAUAAACCAGGCAAUGGGGUAUUUCCCAAAGGUUGUCAUCAAUAUUUCUGGAAUAGUCGAUUUACUUGUGUCUUCGUUCUGCCUUAAACACUGCCAAUGUUUGCAGUCCAUUGAACUGUCUAUAACUAUGGUAUUUGAGAAGAAGAUGUUAAACUCAAACCCCACAGCUGAAACCUGGCAAAAGGAUGGUGGUCACAUUAUUUGUUGCUGGCAAGAUCUCUGUUCUGUGCUUCAUACAAAUGAACACUUGAGAGAAUUGGUGCUGUGUCAUAGCUAUCUUGAUGAACUAGCCAUGAAGACUCUUUAUGAAGAACUAAGGCACCCAAACUGUAAACUACAAAAACUACUGUUGAGAUUCGUCUCUUAAAAUGACAGUUGUCAGGAUAUUUCUAGUUCUUUGAUUCACAACCAGAAUUUGAUGCAUCUUGACAUGAAAGGGAGCAACAUAGGGGAUAAUGGAGUAAAGUCAUUAUGUGAAGCUCUGACAUUCCCAGAGUGUAAACUACAGAACUUAAGGUUGGAAUCCUGCAAUCUAACAACAGUUUGUUGUCAAAGUAUAUCUAAGGUUCUCACCGGAAACCAGAGCCUCAUAUUUCUGAAUCUGUCAACCAAUAAUUUAUUGGACAAUGGAGUACAGCAGUUAUGUGAGGGCUUAAGACAUCCCACGUGUCACCUAGAACGACUAUCCUUAGAAAGCUGUGGCCUCACAGAAGCUGGUUGUGAGGACCUUUCUUUGGCUCUCAUCAGCAAUGAAAGACUGACGCACUUAUGCUUGGCAGACAACGCCGUGGGAGAUGGUGGAGUAAAACUUAUUAGUGAUGCCUUGAAGCAUCCACAGUGUACUCUACAGAGCCUCGUGCUGAGGCGUUGCCACUUCACUUCACUUAGCAGUGAAUCUCUCUCAACUUCUCUUCUACACAACAAGAGCCUCACACAUCUGGACCUGGGAUCUAACUGGCUACAGGAUGAGGGAGCAAAGCUUCUGUGUGAUGCCUUUCAGCACCCAUGCUGUCGUCUUCAGGACUUGGAAUUGAUGGGCUGUGUUCUCACUAGUGCUUGUUGUCUGGAUCUGGCUUCUGUUCUUUUAAACAACCCAAACCUGUGGAGUCUGGACCUUGGGAACAAUGACUUACAGGAUGAUGGAGUGAAAAUUCUGUGUGAUGCUUUGAGGCAUCCAAACUGUAACAUUCAGAGGUUGGGGUUGGCGUACUGUGGUUUGACCUCUCUCUGUUGUCAGGAUCUUGCCUCUAUGCUUAGCAGCAACCAAAGACUGACACAAAUGAACCUGACACAGAAUACGUUAGGAUGUGAAGGAAUUAUGGAGUUAUAUGAAGCUUUGAGGUCUCCUAAAUGUAAACUACGAGUUCUAGGGUUGUGCAAAGAGGCAUUUGAUAAGGAAGCCCAGAAGCUGCUGAGAGCUGUGGAAAUUAACAAUCCAAACUUAGUCAUCAAUCCUUAUAGUGAUCAUGCUGAAGAAGAUGGGGCCUUCUGGUGGCGGUGUUUCUGAUUUGAAGAGCCUGA